AUGAGGGAGGUCAACUUUAGCAUCCCCAACGUCAACAAGGCGUCGGUCGGCAUCACCACCGCCCUCUACGACCGUCGCGCUCUCGACUGCACGUCGACCCUCCCGCUCAUCAACUCGCUCAACCACCUCGCCUACCUCACCACCUCCUCUGCUCGGAUCCGCGACAUCCUCACCGUCGAUGGCGGCAUCGAACGCCUUGUCUGCAUCCUCAAGCAGGGUCGCAGCAAGGAUAUGAUGGGCAUGUGGAAGUGGAACCUGGCCUUCCAGUGCGUCGUCAACAUCGGUGUUCGUGGUACCGAGAAUGUCCGCACUCGAGUCGUCGAGGCAGACAUGGUACCCGUCAUUGCCACCAUCCUCGAUAAUUACAUCAAAGUCAUCGAAAAGUGUCGCGAAAAGGCCGAAGAGGCCAGUCAGAAACAGUUGCAUGACCAUCACCAUCGUCGGCAUCGUGGCCACGAUCGGAGUUCGCCCAAGACAUCCACAUCCUUUGCCAGCCGCGCCGUGCGCCCCGAGCUCGACCAGAGAAGCGCCCGACGGCAUGGGCCGCCUCCUUCCAUUGACGUGCCUGCCAGUUUUGCCGGCCCAUCGUCCGCCGGUGGCCCGUCUGGAUCCGAGAAUGCCACAGCCGGGCCCGCCCCUCCGAGGAGCGCAGUGGCUACACCGGAGCGCCCAGCGAUAACUCCUAGCCGCCAUCGGCACAGCUUUCGCGAGUCUACUGGCCGCUUGCCAGCGACCAUCACACCCGGACAGCUUUUGCAACCACUGGCAACUCCCGGCCAGGGCAGAGACGUCUUGGACAACUUCGUUCGGCCGGUCCGCGACGUUGACCGUCUAGCUUCGAUGGCGCCUUUCGCGCACACGGACCUUGCCUCACAGCCGACCUCGCCGACAACGCCCUUACCGCCUCCUCAGCUCCGCUCGCCGACCGUGAGGCCCACAAACAAUAUUGACGCCUCUAACCGACAGCGGCGAAGGCCUUCCAUCAGGCAUCAGAACUCCACAGUCGAGGCAGACGACCUGAAUGCGGACAGCAUGCCGUCUGACGAGUCGCCAGACGCCGAAAUGACCGGGACUGCAGACAUUCAGUCGGCCGUUGGCAUUCAGGAUAUCUCCAUGGAGGAUGGCGAGAGUAUGUUGACUGGCUCCUCGCUGGAGCUGACCAACCCCACAGUCUCAGAAACACACCAGGACGCCGGCACGUUCAACAUCACCCAUCGUGCGCCGAUCGAUGGCAGCAUCGGCAACACUGCAAACCCUGCACCCGUCGCGCCCAUGGGCCUGUCCCCCAACCGCCCUGCCAUGGUCACGCCACCACAGCCAACCGCGCCCAACUCAACAGUACCUCGCUACCUGCUCGAUCGUCACUAUACUCCCAACCAGCACAUGCUCGCCGCAAUGCCUCGGGAAGAGGACGUGCUUAUGUCGCUGCAGCUUCUGGCCUACGUAUCCAAGUAUUGUGGGCUGAGAUCGUACUUUCAGCAAAGCCACCUCGUUCCGAAGCUCACCAUUGGCAAGGAUCUUGAUCUUCUCGACAGCGAAGAAGACGCCUCGGACGUCGAAGAAAACGAUUCGGCGGAUGAGGAGUACCUAUUGCCCAACGACUUCAAUCUCUUCCCCCUCGUCGAGAAGUUCACCGUUAGGUACCACAGCACCGACAUGCAGUACUGGGCCGGCGUGGUGAUGCGGAAUCUCUGCCGCAAAGACGAUACCCGCGGCGGCAUCCGGCAAUGCGCCUACUAUCAGUGCGGGAAGUGGGAGGAGUACACACGUCAGUUUGCCAAGUGCCGUCGGUGCCGGCGCACCAAGUAUUGCAGCAAGGAGUGCCAGAAGAGCGCCUGGGCCUUCCAUCGUCACUGGUGCGUUGCUGCGUCGCAAUGA